AAAAGAAGGGAGACAAUUCGGAGAGAGGUCGAAGGAAAUCAUCCAUGGCGGCUUCCAAGCUACAAGCUCUUUGGAAUCACCCUGCCGGACCCAAAACCAUUCAUUUCUGGGCGCCCACCUUUAAGUGGGGAAUCAGCAUUGCUAACAUUGCAGAUUUCUCGAAACCUCCAGAGAAACUUUCUUACCCUCAACAGAUAGCGGUCGCAUGCACUGGAGUUGUCUGGUCACGAUACAGCACUGUGAUCACUCCUAAAAACUGGAACCUCUUCAGUGUGAACGUUGCCAUGGCAGGGACAGGCAUCUAUCAACUCGCUCGAAAAAUCAAGCAUGAUUAUUCAUCUGAAGCAGAGCCUGCUGUUACAAAUGAAUGAUCAAACGACGAUGACGAAGACGAUUAUGGAGAUUGUUGAAUCUUCUUGAAAACUGAUCGUAGUUCUUGCAAACUGAAUCUUUUCUUUCUGCUUGGACUUCCAGUUAUGAUGUUCACGCUUUGAUUUGUAUUGGAUUCCCAGAUUUUCUGGGUCUGGAUAAUGAAAUCCUUUGAUGGGUUUAGUCA